AUGUCCUACUGUACCAAAGAGAGAGCUUGCUCAGAUUUGGCAAAGCCUCCAGUAAAUGAACCGAGGGAACCGGAACAGUUUCUAAUGCAGGCGCCCCAGGGAAAUCCACUGCUGCUUUCCCACACCCUACAAGAGCUAUUGAGCAAGGAUAGUGUGCAGGUGGAGCUUAUACCUGAGAAGAAAGGCCUUUUUCUGAAACAUGUGGAAUACGAGGUUUCCAGCAAGAGAUUCAAAUGCUCAGUCUACAGGCGAUACAAUGAUUUUGUGGUGUUCCACGAGAUGCUUCUUCAGAAGUUCCCAUAUCGUAUGGUGCCAUCACUUCCACCAAAGAGGAUGCUGGGAGCUGAUCGCGAGUUCAUAGAAUCUAGGAGGAGAGCGCUGAAGCGUUUUAUAAAUCUGGUGGCUCGACAUCCCCCUUUCUCAGAAGAUGUGCUCUUGAAACUCUUUCUGUCGUUCAGUGGCUCAGAUGUACAGAAUAAGCUAAGAGAGUUGGUCCAGGGAGUAGGAGAUGAAUUUAUGACCUGCAGAUUAGCUACCCAGGCCAAGGACUUCCUUCCAGCUGACAUACAGGCCCAGUUUGCUGCCAGCAGGGAGCUCAUCAGAAAUAUUUAUAAUAGCUUUUAUAAGCUUCGGGACCGUGCAGAGAGGAUAGCUUCUCGAGCCAUUGAUAAUGCUUCAGAUCUUCUCAUAUUUGGAAAGGAGCUAAGUGCUUUGGGCUCAGACACUACACCGCUUCCUUCCUGGGCGGCUUUGAAUAAUAGCACAUGGGGGACUCUGAAACAAGCCUUGAAGGGUCUGUCUGUUGAAUUUGCACUGCUGGCAGAUAAGGCUGUGCAGCAGGGUAAACAGGAAGAGAAUGAUGUGGUGGAGAAGCUGAACCUUUUCCUGGAUUUACUCCAGUCCUAUAAAGACCUGUGUGAAAGACAUGAGAAGGGGGUGUUGCACAAGCACCAGCGAGCAUUGCAUAAGUACAGCAUGAUGAAGAAGCAGAUGAUGAGUGCCACUGUGCAGAACAAAGAACCAGAAUCAGUGGAGCAAUUGGAGUCUCGGAUUGUGGAGCAAGAAAAUGCUAUCCUUACCAUGGAGCUGCGGAAUUACUUCUCUCUGUAUUGCCUGCAUCAGGAGACACAGCUUAUCCACAUCUAUCUGCCUCUCACGUCUCACAUUUUGGGGGCCUUUGUCAACUCCCAGAUCCAGGGUCACAAAGAGAUGAGUAAAGUUUGGAAUGAAUUGAAGCCGAAGUUGAGCUGCCUCUUCGUGGGAUCUAGCAAUAUGCCAACUCCACCAUUGUCACCUCCAGAGGGAAACUUCUUCUCCAAUUAAUGUUCUGACCAUCUAGCAUGGAGCAAUGGAGUGCAAUCAAGGAAGGGGUGGGACUUCUACCUCCAGAUGUUAGAAUGAAUCCUCCAAA